AUGUCUGUUCAAUCUGUUUCCAAAGUCAAUAACUUCACCUUUCUACUUACGGGAUUCCCUGGACUGGAGCAAGAAUAUCCCUGGCUGUCCAUCCCUUUCUCCUGUAUCUAUGCUAUGGUACUGUCUGGGAACUGCCUGGUGCUGCAUGUGAUCCGGACUGAACCGAGCCUGCACCAGCCCAUGUUCUACUUCCUGGCCAUGCUGGCCCUCACUGACCUGUGCAUGGGGCUGUCCACAGUGCACACGGUGCUGGGCAUCCUGUGGGGGCUCAGCCAGGAGAUAGGUCUGGAUGCCUGCAUUGCUCAAACCUUCUUUGUUCAUGGUCUGUCAUGCAUGGAGUCUGGAGUCCUUCUUGCCAUGGCCUUUGAUCGCUUUACUGCCAUCUGCAAUCCUCUGAGGUAUACAUCCAUCCUCACCAAUACCAGAAUCAUCAACAUGGGCAUGGCCAUCGUAGGGAGGAGUUUCCUGUUCAUCACUGCUCCCAUUGUCCGCCUAAAGUUCUUCCAUUACUGCCGUCCUCAUAUCCUCUCCCACUCUUUCUGCCUGCACCAGGACCUACUUCGGCUGGCCUGCUCUGACAUUCGCUUCAACAGCUUCUAUGCCUUAGCCCUGGUGAUCUGCACACUGUUGUUGGAUUCAGUGCUCAUUCUCAUCUCCUACGUCUUGAUCCUGCACUCAGUUUUGACUAUUGCAUCCCGGGAGGAGCGCUUCAAGUCCUUGCAGACCUGUGUCUCCCACAUCUGUGCAGUGCUAGUUUUCUAUAUCCCAAUCAUUGGUCUGACCAUGGUGCACCGCUUUGGAAAGCAUCUGUCUCCUGUGGUCCAUGUUCUCAUGGGCAACAUCUAUAUCCUUUUCCCACCCUUGAUGAACCCCAUCAUCUACAGUGUCAAAACCCAACAAAUACGCAGCAGGUUCCAGAGAUGGUUCACCAAACAAAACUGA